AGAUGGUUGUAUCAAAGCUGUGGGCCAGGCAGAUGUUAUUCACAAUCAGUUUUCAGGAGCAACAUUUGAAAGAAUAAUCAACUGCUCUGGGAAGUGUGUGCUACCAGGCCUGGUAGAUGCACAUACACACCCGGUGUGGGCCGGUGACAGGGUUCAUGAGUUUGCAAUGAAGCUGGCAGGUGCAUCCUAUAUGGAGAUCCACCAGGCUGGGGGAGGAAUACAUUUUACUGUGGAACACACUCGGAAGGCCACAGAAGAAGAGCUGUUCAAUUCUUUCAAAGACCGACUCGAACGCAUGCGCAGAGCAGGAUCUACGUUGGUUGAGUGCAAGAGUGGAUAUGGCUUAAACUUAGAAACAGAGCUUAAAAUGCUCAAGGUGAUCGAACGUGCUAAGCAAUCCAUGGAUAUUGGCAUUUCUUCAACGUACUGUGGAGCUCAUUCUGUGCCAAA